AUAUUUUUUAAAAGCAUGUAUAGAGAUAAUCCAAAAAUUAUAAUUGAAGAUGUAUCAGCAUCAUUGGCUUCUUUUGCUGCCUAUAUACAAAUGGAAGAUCUAUUAGAAAAAUUGAAAUUACUUAACUAUGACAGUGAAUUCGUUCAAAAUCUAAAAAUGAAAAAUAUAAGCAGACAUUAUUUCAUGGUACCAACAAAUCCAGGAGAACAGUUUUAUAUGUUUACAUCCCUGGCUGCUUGGUUAAUAAGAAAAUCUGGUAAAAAAUUUAAUCCUCCGCAAGAAUCUGAUGAUCCUAAUUCAACAAUAUCAGAAAUAAUGGAAUUUUUAAAACAAAUUGAUAUUCGUAUAGAAUUUCCACCAAAUAAAUUAAAGCAAGGAGUUGGUGAACAUGCUGUCUUUGUACUUGAUAAUCUUGCUGAUCAUGCAAUAAAAUUUUUAAAAUUUAAAUGGCAAAAAGUUCAAAUACCUCCAGAUGAAACUAUUAUUGAACCCGAAAUUGAAGAAGAUGAUGCAGAACUAAUUUUAGAAAAGGUUGAAGAAGAAAUGAUGGCUGAAUUUGACGAUGAAGAAGAUGAUGUUAUUCAUGUUGAUGAUAUUACAAAAUUAUAUAAAGAGGCUUCGAGUAACAGUCAAAGACCAGAUAAAAUUUUAGAAUCAACUGUUGAUACUGAAGAAUGGAAAUUAGAAUUAGAACGCGUUUUACCACAAUUGAAAAUAACUAUCAGUGCAGAUUCUCGUGAUUGGAGAGAACAUCUUGUACAAAUGAAAACUUUACAUGCAACUAUGGGAAAAGAUCUCUCUGGGACGAAAAGUCAGCUUGAAAAAUUGAAUGCAGACAUUGGAAGAGCAUUAGAUAACAUAAAUACUAAAGAGAUUCAUUUGAACCGACAAUUAGAUCCACAACUUCAAGAACUGAGAGUUCUUCAGGAGGAACUUUCUAAAGUAAAAGAAGAGUACAGAGAUAUUAGUGGAGGAGUCACAGAGCGAACAAGGGUUUUAAAUAAGUUGACAGAAGAAUUAGAACAAGUUAAAAAAGAAAUGGAUGAAAGAGGAUCUAGUAUGACUGAUGGAACUCCAUUAAUCAACAUAAAGAAAACAAUUUCAAAAAUGAAAAGCGAAAUUUCAGAAAUGAGUAUACGAAUAGGCGUUUUGGAGUAUAGUUUAAUGUGUUCAAGGGUUAGAGACAGAGCUCAAUUACAAGAGGAUAUGAAUAGUACAACCAGUACUGUUUCUGUUUAAUAAAAGAUUAUUAUACUUUUAUUCUAGUCAUUUGUGUUUUUUACAUGUGAAAAUUAAAUGUUGUUGGUGAAAUAUACAUAGUCAUUG